GUGGGGGAAGGGGGUAGUCGAAGUUGACGGAACCGCCAUCUUGAAAAGAGUCCUCCGAUGAUCUACCUAUUCGCGCCUGUCAUAAUCCAUUUUAAACGUUUUAUUUUCCUUUCUGGAAUUUCAUGUUAUCUCCAUAUUCUUGUAGUUAAGGCCUUGGGCUAAUGACGGAAUAAUCUACAUGCUCGAGACUCGCAGUUUACGGCUGUCAAUCGUAUUUCCAUCACCACUGUCUGCCGCUUGUCCAUCUGCCUACCCUGGAAUGGGCCACAACUCCCAAAGACUAUAGCACAUCUUUUUUUAACCUGAGCUCCACUGUCUGGACUCCAGUAUAUUCACAGAACCAACAUGUUUUGGAAAUUUGACCUCCACACCACGUCCCACAUCGACACACUCCUAGAGAAGGAGGAUGUUACGCUCACAGAGGUGAUGGAUGAAGAUGAUGUCCUGCAGGAAUGUAAGGCUCAGAACCACAAGCUGGUUGACUUCCUGCUGAGACCACAGUGCAUGGAGGACCUAGUCACCUUCAUCACUCAGGAACCCAAUGAAGAUGUUGAGGAGAAGGUUAAAUACAAGUAUCCCAACAUAUCAUGUGAGCUGCUUACAUCGGAUGUGAGCCAGAUUAAUGAAAGACUGGGAGAAGAUGAAAAGCUGCUGAUGAAACUGUAUGGUUUCCUUAAGAAUGAACCACCUCUCAACCCGCUCCUCGCCAGCUUCUUCUCCAAAGUCCUGUCAAUUCUGAUAGGACGCAAGCCAGAACAGAUCGUGAAUUUUCUGAGGAAAAGGGAGGACUUUGUGGAUCUGAUGAUCAAACACAUCGGAACAUCUGCCAUCAUGGAUCUGCUGCUCAGAAUGCUGACCUGCAUCGAACCACAACAGCUACGACAGGAUGUUCUCAAUUGGCUGAACGAGGAGAAGAUUAUUCAGAGGCUGGUGGACAUGGUGCAGCCUUCACAAGAUGAAGAUAGACACUCCAACGCCUCUCAAUCCCUGUGUGAGAUCAUCAGACUGAGCAGAGACCAGAUGUUUCAGGUCCAAGGCUGCUCAGAACCGGACCCACUUCUGGCCACACUUGAAAAGCAGGAGACGGUGGAGCAGCUCCUCUCCAACAUCUUUGAGAAUGAGAAGAAUGAAUCUGCGAUUGUUAGCGUGAUUCAGAUCCUACUCACCUUGUUUGAGACCAGGCGACCUGCAUUUGAGGGCCAUAUGGAGUGCCCCCCGGGGAUGUCGCAUCCUUCAUUCUCAGUCAACCACAGCAUCUUGGAGGCUGUGAGACCUCGACUCAAAGACUUUCACCAGCUGCUGCUUGAACCCCCAAAGAAGAAUGUGAUGAAGACAACCUGGGGGGUGCUGGACCCCCCAGUGGGCAACACCAGGCUCAAUGUGGUCAGACUGGUUGCCAGUCUGUUGCAGUGCAACACUCACAGCAUCAACACAGAACUCAUAAACCUCAACACGCUGGGAGUCAUACUAGAUAUGUAUUUCAAAUACAUCUGGAACAACUUCCUCCAUAUUCAGGUGGAAAUCUGCACAGCGAUGAUCCUGGCUAUGCCACCCGCUCCGAUGGACAUUCAGCCAGAGGCGGAGCAGGGACACGUGAUGGAGAGCAUCCUCAUUAAACAUCUUUUUCAGAAGUGCCAGUUUAUACAAAGAAUCGUAGAUGCCUGGAGCUCCAACGAGAAGGAACAGGCUGAAGGUGGCAGACGACGAGGCUACAUGGGUCAUCUUACCAGAAUAGCCAACUCUAUAGUUCAUAACAGUGACAAAGGUCCUAAUGGCCCGCAGAUCCAGCAGCUCAUCUCAGAGCUCCCCACAGAGGACAGAGAGAAAUGGGAGGCAUUUAUUUCUGGGCAGCUUGCAGACACAAACAAAAGAAACACUGUUGACCUGGUGAACACACAUCACAUCCAUUCUUCUAGUGAUGAUGAGGUGGACUUUAAAGACAGUGGCUUUCACCAGGACUCCUCACUUCAACAAGCCUUUUCUGAUUAUCAGAUGCAACAAAUGACGUCCAAUUUUAUUGAGCAGUUCGGCUUCAAUGAUGAAGAGUUUGCUGAUCAGGACGAUGUUGUGGAUAUUCCCUUUGAUAGAAUAUCAGACAUCAAUUUUUCACUCAAUACAAAUGAAAGUGCAAAUAUAGCUUUGUUUGAGGCUCGCUGUAAGGAGAAAAUCCAGCAGUUUGAAGAUGCCGGUUCAGAUGAGGACGACAUCUGGGAUGAAAAAGAUGUCACCUUCGCUCCAGAGGCUCAGAGACGCCCGAGGAGUUCAGGCAGUACAGAUAGUGAGGAGAGCACAGACUCUGAGGAAGAGGAUGUAAAGAGAGACACAUUCGAAGCCUCCAACCCUGGUACUGAUGACAGAAUGGAAGUCGACACAGGUCCGGUGUGGACAGCCAACUUUGAUGACAUCCCCAUGGACACAGGAACAUCCACGGCUUCAGCCUCCAGCCCCAACAAUCCUGCUGCACCCUCCCCUCUGUCCUCCACUAAAGUCCUUCCCGAUGCAGCAUGGAGCUCUUCUCCAGCUGUCAUGUCCAGCUCUGAAACCGGCUGGGCUGAUUUCUCCAGCUUCUCCCCCGUCAGUCCCAAAGACCCUUUGAGGUGCAACUCUCCUGUUGCCAUGGAGACCAGCAUGGAGACAAUAGAUCCCUUGGGAGUCAAUGCACCAGUCCCACCUGAGGAGUGUGAUGGCUGGUUGGAGGGUGGUGCUGUUCCUCCCUCCUACACCUCACCGAAGGACUGCAGGAGGUCGAACCAGGAGGAGGAAACUUCCUGUUCUGAGCAAAGGAGCAUCACCGAGACUGUCAUCAACGGCUCCAUGAAAGAAACAGUCAGCCUCACUGUCGAUGCCAAAACUGAGACGGCUGUUUUCAAGAGAGUGUUGAAAUCUUAUCGUGAUGAAGACAAGCUUGCCUCUUCAGAGAAAUACUUAGUAGUGGAGUGUGUGGAAUCAGACAUCAACAGCUCGGCUGCAGCCUGCUGUCCCAAAACAGGUGAGAAGUGUCGACCCACAGCGGAGCUUCCUAAUGGUCCUCUAAAAGAAAUGUCCACCACAGACGAGGCCAAGCUGGACAGGAGUUCUGUGGCUUCGGAGCAAACGAUAAACGGGCCGGCAUGAGGGUCUUGCAUCACGUACCGACGGCCAGCUCGUUCUGCCCAGCAGGUUCUGUUUGGGCCCCCCAGCAGAGGCCGCAGCUCACAGCUGAACCAAUCACAUGCCCCUUCAGGACCAGCAAUACUCCCAUUGGCUCAUCACAGAUGGACGGACGGACGGACGGAUGGAUGGGUGGAUGAUGUGUACAGACAGGAUGGACUAAACAGAUGAAGAAAUGGACUCAGAUGCAUUCAGAAUAAUUUUUUUCUGCAUUUUGUUUAUAUACUGUUGUUCCUAUGAGGUGAUGUGCGACUGAUAUUCUGACACUCAAAUUAAAUAGUAAUGUUGCUAUAGUUACAGAAAUGAUUGUAUGAAUAAAAUAUUUUGUAAAAAGAAACGCGUAAAAAGAAAGAUGAGGAAUUAGCAGAGAAACGAUCAGAAAAACAUGACUUUUUUUUUAAUAUUUGUAAAUGUUUUCUCUUUAUUCUGAGUGAUAUUUUUUGUUUACCAUGAAGCUAAGGCAUUACUGGUACUAAACGUUCAUGUUAGCUGGACAGUUAGAGACGUCCCGGUGUAAAAACCCUCAAACUGAUGGUUUUAGCAAGAACUAAACGUCUGUUUGGUUCAAAAAUUCAUUUAUAUUUUGACCACAGGUUCUUCCUCUGAGCUCCUCACAUCCCUGCAUCAGUGAUGAGGAAGAAAAUAGUAAGAAAACUUACUGAGAUUUAACCCAUUUUAAAAAAAAUUUAAGGGUUUUUGGACUCACUAUUCAGUGAGGCGAAAUGGCGAAAGCGGCUUCAGUUUGCUAGGGAGCAUAAAGACUGGAGCAAGCGAAGAAGGUCUGAUGAGUCCAGAUUUACUCUGUUCCAGAGUGAUGGAGCAUCAGGGUACAGGGCUUAAAGUAUUCCAGCACCGUGCCGGAUCUCCGGCUUUUCACUAUGAUUAAAAAAAAAAAUACGGGUAUAGUGGUUGAGACUCUGAAUUAUAGAAAAUGAACUGAACAAUGUUAAAGAAGGAAAUUACACGUUUUCAUCUUCGAAAAUAAGCAGAAUUUGCUGCUGCAUAUGUUUUCAGUGUUCAGCAAAUAGCGACAAUAUACCACACUUCGUUUUCUCCGCCGAGUUAACCUGUACGUGAACGUUAUCUCCGAGUGGUCUUGAACGCAGCAUCCAAGCCGAUGGUUUCACAGAAAUCAGAU